AUGAAAAUUGCUCUCUCAACCAUAUCGAUGAUUUACUUCAUCACAGUAACUUGCUUAUGUCCAUGCGUAAAAUCAAGUGCAUGGACUGGUUCGUCGGCAAGUGGUUGGAGUAGUUCAGGAGUUGGUAGCACUGAAGGAUCAUCGGCAAGUAGCUGGGUUGCUGGACCUGUGGUUGUUCAAAGUAACAGCCACGCCAAUGAUGGUUGCUCUUGUGAAUCAACUACAAUGAGAAGCGUUGAUCAAGACGACGAAGGAGUUGCUCAGAACAUGCAGCAGCAUACGUUUGCAUGGGUCGCAACUGCAGCAUGA